AUGCCCUCCUCGACCCUUCCAACAUACUACCUCCCUCCUCCCCAUCACCAUCCCCUCCCCCACUCAUCUCAUCUCUCUCGUUCCGUCCCUUCACCCAAACCAAAACGUCCAACAGUAUUCGAUAACCUCUUUACCGAUCUAAUCACGUCUUUGGACAAAUCAACCAGCGAUCUCAAUACCUCUCGUGAAGACAUAGCUAUAUCUAUACCAUCAAGUUCACGAAUGAGAUCCAAAUAUCUCGGGCUAGAUAACGACCUUCACCUACUCAAACAUUCAAUUUCGGAGCGGAAUCUAUCUGAUUCACGACGUUCAGCUCAAGAUCUGAAUCUAGUAGAUAAGUUGAUGGAGGAUCACAAGAAAGAAUUGAAAGAGUUUGAGCAAGUCAAACAGCAAUUAAAGGAAGAGAGGGAAUUGAAUUCGAGGUUGAAGAUGGAAAUUUAUAAGAUGAAGGAACAACAUGAAAAGAAGAUUGAAGAGAUGAAGAAAGCGAACAAAAAAGCACUGAGGAUAUUGAUGGGUCUUCAAAGAGAAGAGUUUUUGAAUUGGUCGAACGGUUUGAAGCCUUAUAUCAACCAGAUUGAUCAAGCUGUAAGAGAUAGGAUUAAUAACUGGGAGAAAUCCGUUAGGGUCAGGACGAAUGGAUAUCAGAAUCAUGGAUUGAAAGAUGUAGACAAGAAUUUGGAUCUGGACUUAGAACGGAGAAGGGAUAGUUCACCUGGGCCUGAUCCCGGUAAAACCGGUGAUAGGAAGUCCCCCAGCAAAUCAAUGAAGGAGAAGACCAUAAGGAGGACUAGGAAAGUAUCCGGUUUAGGUUUAGCGGAGAAAGAGAAAGAGAAAUAG